CCUUGAUCCCAGAUAUCCUGCGUCUCACGUGCUUCCGCAGCUUAACGCUACUUUGGACUUGAACGGCGUUGUCACGUUGCAACUUGACCACCAGCAACAGCAACAGCAACAGCAGCAGCAGCAGCAGCAGCAGCAGCAGCAACAGCAGCAACAGCAACAGCAACAGCAACAGCAGCAGCAGCUGUAUAGCAGCAUCAUGUCGCUGCGUGCCACCAUUAACAUUUUCCACAUUUUACUGCUAUGCUCUGUGAUGGGGCGUGGCAUCUGGGCAGCCGAGCUGAGACGCGAUGAAACGUAUCCUCCGCCGGAGUUGCUUAAGGAGCUGCAGCCCGUGCAUGACAGCUGUGUGGGCAAGACUGGAGUGACUGAAGCGGCAAUUAAGGAGUUCAGCGAUGGGGAAGUGCACGAGGACGAGAAGCUCAAAUGCUACAUGUACUGUGUGUUUGAUGAGACCGACGUGCUGCACGAGGAUGGCGAGGUGCACCUGGAGAAGCUGCUCGACCGUCUGCCCGACUCCAUGCACGACAUUGCGGUGAACAUGGGCAAGCGUUGUCUCUAUCCCAAGGGCGACACGAAGUGCGAGCGCGCCUUUUGGCUGCAUCGCUGCUGGAAGCAGGCGGAUCCCAAGCAUUAUUUUCUCAUCUAAGCAUUGACGACCGUUGGCCCAAGCUAAGCCCAACAAAGACACUUGAUUUAUGUUUAUAUUUUAUUCCCUAUAUUUUAGUUAUAUACACGUAUAUAUUUCAGUUUCAUUUUAUAC